AUGGUCGCGAAAGACAUACCGCCGAUUGUGUCCAUCGUCUCGGGUGGCGUGGCCGGCGGCGUGGAAGGUUUCCUCACUUACCCAUUCGAGUUCGCCAAGACCCGCUCCCAGCUCUCGCAGCAGCUCCCAAUCUCGCCCAUCACCAAGAAGCCGUCCCGGAACCCGUACCUGCUCAUCAGCCAGAUCUACAAGGCCGAGGGCCUGCGUGCGCUGUACAAGGGGUGCGGGAUCCUGGUGCUCGGCAGCGUCGGCAAGGACGCGGUCCGGUUCCUGAGCUUCGACACGGUGAAGAACGCGUUCAAGCAGGAGGACGGGACCCUGACGCCGCUGCGGACCAUGCUGGCGGGCAUGUCGGCCGGCGUGCUGGCGAGCAUCUUCGCGGUCACGCCGACGGAGCGCGUCAAGACGGCGCUGAUCGACGACGCGCGGGCGGCGAGGAGGUACGCGUCCACGGGCCACGCCGUGCGGACUAUCCUGCGCGAGGACGGGCUCAUGGGCCUGUAUCGGGGCUUCGCCGGCACGACGAUGAAGCAGGCGAGCGCGACGAGUCUCCGGAUGGGGAGCUACAACAUCAUCAAGGAUCUCGAGGUCAGGAGGGGUGUGGCGCAGAACACGGCGGUGAAUUUCGCGAAUGGUGCCGUGGCGGGUGUGGUCACGACGCUCCUGAGUCAGCCGUUUGAUACGAUCAAGACGAGGAGUCAGAGUGCGAAAGUCACGACGACGGUGCAGGCUAUCACGGGCGUGUGGAAGGAGGCGGGAGUGAGGGGCUUCUGGAAAGGGACGGUGAUGAGGCUGAGUCGGACUGUACUUAGUGGUGGCAUUUUGUUUACGACUGCAGAAGCGGUGGCGAAGGUCCUGAACCCGCUGGUUGGAAGGUAG